AUGCAAAGUCUUAGCCCUACGGGAGGUUCAAGUGUAGAUAUUAAAAAGUUAGCCUCUGUAGGAUCAUCGGCCUCUUUGAUAUCUGCGAGAGGACAUCAGGAGAGUGCCAUGUCUUCGGUUUCUGGAAGUAAGGACUGGUCUAAUUUGUCAGUCUUUUCAUCAUUUAUCAAUAAUUCGACUUUUCCAAUUGAGGAUUUACAUAAUGUUGCACAAGCUUUAAAGCCUCCGGAAAAGACGAUUCCAUCCUCUUCGCAAAAGGGACCAACAAUAUUUCCUAAAUAUCAAAAGAAGAUUUUGAUUAAAUUUAAGGGAAGAACUUUCAUCGAUAUUCCUUACUAUCCUUACGUGAAUGAUGAUGCGGAAACAGAAUCAACAACAUCAAAAUCACCAGGACCAAACCAAAAGAAGAAACCUUCAUCAGCAUCAGGAAAACGACCUGGAUCUUCUAAUAGUACUAAAAAGGGAGCAAAUAAUUCUGCCAUUUCUACAGAGAGUAAUACAACUACCAAUGAUGAUGGUUCAAUUCAAAAAUUGUGGGAACACAGAGUGGUUUAUUUUGUAGCAAGUAAUUAUGGAGGAAGUACAGGUUUUGUGGAACUACAUCAAACACUAAUUGACUCACAAGAGUAUAACAUCGAGAAGGAACAUACCAUCUACAUGGAAACCUUACAAGAUUUAGUUUAUUUCGAAUCUUGCCCAUUUGUAUCAUUUGUAAUUAGAAGAGAAUUUGAUCCUGCCACACCUCCAACAACUGUAGAAAAGAAAAAGUCUUCUAAAAAGGAAGCAACUCCAUCAAAUGCUGGAAAUAAGAAAGAUAAUACACCUCCUGCACCAGGUCUUCCAGCAACAAAUACCACAAAAAAGGUACAGAAUAAUAUUGGUUCAGCAAAUCAAAUACCUUUGGAAGAACUACAGGAAGGAAUGAUUGCUGAUAUUAAGGCAGCUUUUGGAAGUCAUUGCGAGAUUCUCCAUUCUUACAGAGCUUCGACAAUUCCACUAUUUGUAAAUGACAAGUUUGGCUAUACAAAAUGCAAAUAUGAAUUUGUUUAUAGUCCAAAGUACAAAUAUUGGUCUUCAUUGUUAGACACUAAGAGCGAAACAGCCUCGAAUGGUUUUGAUGAGUCAUUUAAAUCAGAAGGUAUUUCAUCUGCAAGAUUCAGUGUCAAUGCCUUGUCAUUUACGCCACCACAAGAUUAUAGUGAAUUUAUGCACAAUAUUAAUAUUAGGUUUGAGGUAGCUGAAGGAGCAAGCAUUCUCUCGGAAGAUGUUCAAAACAAACUCAAUCCAAUGAUGGUUUCAAUUUCUUCACUGAAGGAUCUCCCAAAUGAAAGCUACCUAUCUGAUAGAUGUAAGCCUGUUUCUGUAUCGUAUUCCAUCAGAGGUAAAACUUUCAAAACAAAGGGCUAUCACCAUGAUUCACUGAUUAAUCUUGGCUAUCAAAGGAUUAUUUAUCUGGGAAAUUCAAAUGAGAUGGAAAUGUACAGAGAUUAUUUUAUCAGAAUGCCAAUAGUUUUCGAGACACACGACAGAGACCCUAAGGAUGGUAUCGCCAAGUUCUUUGGUAAAUCAGAGGUAGCUCUUAAAACGUUAAUUUUAAACUCUAGGGGAAGAGAUAUUUCAGACAAUUUCCAAAUUCAAGGCUACACAAUACUACCAGACGAAUACGAGAAGGCUGUAAAAAGAAUUGAAGAGGAAAAGAAAAAGGCUCAAACUCAAGAAGAGGAAAAGAAGGCCAAACCGAACACAAAAUCUCCAAAGAAUUUGAAUAUGAAGAGUCCGUCUGUUGAAUCUCCAAAGAAUUCUCUCAAUGAUUCUGUAUUUACUGUAGAGUAUUCCAUAUUUGAGGGAAAAUAUGUCGAAAAGAAGAGUUCGAUAAAGAUUCAACUCAGAUUUAAUACACCAUUCCCACAAUUUACAGAGACUGAGAAGAGUACAUAUCCAAUCAUUUUAACCUUUGAUUGGGAGAAUGCCAAUCUAAUUCAAAAAACAGAACAAAUAUUUAAUCAAUUUUUCAUUAAGCCAAUGCCAGCAAAGAGUCGAUCAGAUUUGUUUGGUGGCAUGCCAAAUUCAGGAACUAUGAAUGGUGGAGGAGCAAAUCUUUCUCCAGUCAAUCAAUUUAAUACUCUGUCAUUAUCUCCAGAAUCGGCUUCCUCAGACAUGACUCCAGGAGGAAAGAAUUCAGGAAAGGAUGUUUUCAAACACUUUUGUGGAUUUGAAAUUUGCGAUGGUAAGAAACGUUUAAUGGUUAUUGAGGCCACCUCAAAAGAUGCCUUCAGGUACCUUACAGGGCAUUUAGAAAAAUACAUAUCCAAAGAAAAUCAACCUGUAAAUAUAAUGUAUGACCCAACCUAUUUCUAUUCGAAUAGACUCUAUGAACAGCUUGUGCUUGGACCUAAAUCAGAUAGGGCAGAAGAUAAAAAGCCAGCUGGAAGGAGAUCAUCUGUUCAAAUUGAGAUUGAUCAAAAGAAGCCAAUCAUUAGAUUGAGACUCCAAGAUACAUUUGAAAAUAUCCUCUCCACAAAAGAUAUGUACAUUAAGAACAAAAAGUCAGAGGAUGUCAAGAUACUAUCAGCAUUAUCCAAAUUGAAUCACAUCUUUAUGGUGGACACUAUUAAUCAAGUGAUUGAAAACAGUCUCCUUCCAGAUUCCUCCCUCUUGAUGAAUAUUAAGGAGAGACAUUGUGAUGACGGCCUAAUUGAAAUUGAUUCAAUUAUUGCUAAUAACCAAAAGAAGAGACAAGAAGAAGAACAAAUGCACACCAAACAUAUGAAGGACAAGGCAACAGAGGAGUUGUACAAAUCACCUCAAACUGUUGAAGAUUUGGCUCUUCACUUGGGAGAGGAAAUUGGUUUCGAGGGUAUUCCACUCAUUGAAACACCUCAACAUUUACCUCCUCCAGAGAAGGUCUUAUUUGAAGGGGAAGAGAAGAGAAAGAAGAAUAGAAUCAAGAACUGGAAGACAAAUCCUUCAGGAUUCUCUCUGGAUGAAGUAUCUGCACCAGAGAAGAAAUACUGGCUUUAUAUUCCUCAUUUGAAAGGACAUCUCAUUGCCUCCUUCCCACCAAUGGCAAAAGAACUUCCACCAUACAAUUUGCACAGCUAUAUGACUGGUGUGUUGGUUCGUUCUGAUAGAAAACAUCCACCUCCAAAAAUCAGAGCCUACACAGCUUUUGGAAGUCCUGGAACAAAGAAUAGAAAACCUGAAAUUACCAUAUCUCCGGAUACAAUAUAUUGCAUUUUAGUUUCAUCAUGGACUCAAAGAGCUAGCACUCGAGUUGAUAAUCAACUUGAUUCAAAGAUUAGACAAUCUCUCAAGAGAGCAGUUGGUUCACCAGGAAAGAACUACAUUAGAGGAAAUUUUUCCACAGUUAGAGAGCUAUCCCAACAAUCCUCCAUGUAUAAACAGCAAGAAGAAGUGGAAAGAUCAAGCAAAAAAUUCAUUACAGUUCCAACCUAUCCAGACCAGCGAAAGCAAACAGAAAAGUCAAUCGAAUACAGAAAUACAGCACCUCCAACCAACAAGCCAACCUGGGUUAAAAGAGGUAAAACCUCUUCCGUGGAGGACAAUAGACAUCCAAAGAAACCAGAUCAAGCCAGAAUUGAUGAACUCAACAUGAUUGACCUCUUUGACAAAACCCUAGAAUCACACCGAGAAAACAAGAGCACACUCUUCUCCCCAAGAGGAGUAGCUCAAGAAGUAGUACCACCACCCAAUCCACCAAACCUCUCCAUCAAACUCCCUAAGCUUAAAUAA